GCAUGAAGUCGUGGCUUCUCACAGCGUCGACCGGGCGUCGGUGGUUUUGCACCCACUGGACACGGUCCAUAAAUACAUCGUCGAUGCCGCACUCGCAGCGAUUCAGUCGAUCGCGUCGGCCACUAUAACAGCGUCCGAUAUCCCGCGUGAGACUAAGACGUCCCCUUUGCUGCACGAGCUUAAAAGAGAGGCACUGUACGACGGCCUCCCCUACCACUUUGAGGAACUUUUGACCUUCCACGUGAUAUCCGCAAGAAAACGUCCAUCCCCGGCCACUUUGUGCAUGACAUUGUUCAUUGUUUUGUUUCCACUUUUGGAAUGUCCUGUGUGGUCUCUGACUGAAUUUUACAGGGUGCCACCAUCGAGAGUCACCGUCACCUCUAGCGCCCCGCGCGACCUCCCUGCCGAUGUGCUCGGAAUCAGGGAGAGCUCGGCGGUUUGCCUGCUCUUCGGAGUGGGUAGCGGUAGUGUGGCGUGAGUUGCUACUUCCAGGGGAGAAGGUCCACUUUUUGAUUUUGCAUGGUCAGUUGGUUUCUGGUCGAUCAGUUGGUAUGGUCGGCUAUAGGUGCCACCCUCAUUUCCCACCUCCAGGGGCCCUGGGCACCUCGUCGCCAUUGAUGUUUCACUUGUUGGCGGAAGAUGACAGGGCUCUACGAGGAGCUGUUAGGGGUUUCAUUGUGAUUGUUCAUUUUGAUUCUGUAUGACAAGAACAUGCUGGGUGGGGGUGGGUGUUUUUCUGACUAUCGGUGACCCGGAUGGAAAGCCUAUUCCAACUACUGCGCACAGACUUACGCAGUCUGGACGGGCGUAACUACAGCACCCGCCGAGCUGACGUGGAGCGAGCAGCCGGGCAGCAGCUCCGGGCCAGCGGAUCCCCGCAGCCCACAACUAGUGAGGGGGCGAUAGGUGCCUUAGAGGACGAAGCAAUGCGGAAAUUCGAGUUCUGGUUGCACUUUCAUCGGUGGGCCUUCCUCCCCGGCAUCCGUGCGGCCCUCCCGCGGCAAAUCGCAAACGC